AUGAAGAAACUACCGAAUGUUAUUCUAAUGUCACUAAAGGCAAUUGGCGUGACACAACCUGAAGAUUUUUCAGAACUUACAGACGAAGACAUCCCUAACGAUUGCUUUUGUACAGUUCAAAAUUUUGAGAUACCAUUUAUAGUCGUUGGAAAAAUUAAGUCAAUCGCUCAUCACUAUCGUGCAUCUGCGGGACGAAAUACAGCGUCUACUAGUAAUAUGCAAAAUGUUAGCAAUGGGAUUCAACGUCGUAUCGCAAAAUGCACUGGAGUUUUAACGGUAGAAUUUGAAAAAUUAUUUCCAAAUAUCCUUAACGGUGCAAAGGUUGCUACUUCGGUUCCUGACAAUAGUUCAACCCUUGAUGCUUUUAGUCGAAACUCGCUCCUUAUUCGAUUAGAUUCCAACCAUUCCCAAUCAGUUCUGACCCCGAAUGAUCCACAGAUACAUGUACGUCGUUUACAAACUCGUUCCUCAAGACGUUCUCGAAGACAAACUUAA